AUGCCAGAUUCAAACCUCAGUGCUAACCAUCUUCCAGACACCUUCUUCUUAACAGGGAUCCCAGGGCUGGAGGCUGCCCAGUUCUGGAUACCCAUCCCUUUCUGUGCUAUGUAUCUUGUAGCACUGGCUGGAAAUGCUGCCCUCAUCCUGGUCAUUGCCUUGGACAAUGCUCUUCAUGCACCUAUGUACUUCUUCCUCUGCCUUCUCUCACUCACAGACCUGGCUCUCAGUUCUACCACUGUGCCCAAGAUGCUGGCCAUUUUGUGGCUUCAUGCUGGUGAGAUUUCCUUUGGUGGAUGUCUGGCCCAGAUGUUUUGUGUUCAUUCUAUCUAUGCUCUGGAGUCCUCGAUUCUACUUGCUAUGGCCUUUGAUAGAUAUGUGGCUAUCUGUAACCCAUUAAGAUAUACAACCAUUCUCAACCAUGCUGUCAUAGGCAGAAUUGGCUUUGUUGGGAUAUUCCAUAGUGUGGCUAUUGUUUCCCCUUUCAUCUUCUUGCUGAGGCAACUCCCUUACUGUGGUCACUGUGUCAUGACACACACACACUGUGAGCAUAUGGGCAUUGCCUGACUGGCCUAUGCCAACAUCACCGUCAAUAUUGUCUAUGUGACUGUGGCUCUGCUGGCCAUGGGACGCCUCAUUGCCAUUUCCUAUGGCUUUAUCCUCCAUGCACUCUUUCAUCUUCCAUCUCGUGAUGCCCAGCACAAAGUUCUAAGUACCUGUGUCUCCCACAUUGGAGUCAUCCUGGUUUUCUACAUCCCUUCCGCCUUCUCCUUCCUCACCCACCGCUUUGGUCGCCACCAAGUCCCCAAGGAUGUGCACAUCUUUCUGGCUAAUCUCUAUGUGCUGGUGCCUCCUGUGCUCAAUCCUAUUAUCUAUGGAGCUAGAACCAAGCAGAUUCGGAGCUGACUUCUAAAACUGCUUCACCUGGGGAAGACAUCAAUAUGA